AUGGCAGCCAUUCAAUAUGUGCCAUUCUCCUCGGAGAUCGAACUUCCCUUCUACGCCGCCCUAUUCUCCUCCAAGCUCGAACAUGACAAGUUGGACGACUCAGCGCGUAGAGUCCUGGGCCAAUACACCCCGCUGCCGGCUGAGCCGGCUCAGAGCUGCAAGAUGACCAUCCUCGGCAACGCCCUGACGGCCGACCAGACUGAUGGAGAAAGCAGGACCAACGACGAGCACGUCCGCGGUGAGGGUUGGAUCAAGGUCUUCAAUACGAUCGAGGACUUCAAGAAUGCCGACAAGUCCGCCAUGUUGCAGCUUGCUGCACGACACAUCUGGGAUGCCAUCAACGACGGCUCGAUUUAUUCCGUUCCCUCGCUCCUCUCGUCCUUCACGAUCCUCUCCUACGCAGACUUAAAGAAGUAUCGAUUUACAUACUGGUUCGCUUUUCCUGCCCUACACUCAGACCCCCAGUGGAAGCGAACUGGUCCGGUUGGCCGUCUGGAUCCGAAGGAAAGCACUGCGUUGGUUGAUUGCGUAGGCACAUGGGCGGCGAACCGCGACAAACGCCAGAAUGGAUUCUUCCUCGCCAAGAAGGUCCGCGGCGCAGACGUCAGUGAUCUCGACAAAGACGCUAACAGCGACCUGCAUGAUCUCAACGACACGUUUGGUUACAUCUGGGAGGUUGCCAACCUAGGAGACUUUGAGAACGGCUUUUUCGACGGCGUCGCAGAGGAGGACCGAUACGUCUCGUUUGUUGACCCGUCGACAUACCCCGAGAACCCUUCCUGGCCUUUGCGAAACCUUCUCUUGCUCAUUCGUCAGCGAUUCCGCUUGACCAAGGUGCAGAUCCUCUGCUAUCGUGAGAUGAGAGCGAGCAGGCAUGCUGCCCGAAGCAUCAUCUUACCCCUGGAGAUGGAGCCUGUCGAACCGCUUGCGAUCGCCGAGAUGCCCAAAGUUACUGGCUGGGAAAGGGACGCGGAGAGCAAGCUCCGAUCGAGAGUCGCAAACCUCGGCGAAUACAUGGACCCGACUCGGCUCGCUGACCAGUCUGUGGAUCUGAACCUGAAGCUGAUGAAGUGGCGCAUCUCACCAAACCUGGAUUUGGAUGUCAUAAAGAACAGUAAAUGUCUCCUACUGGGAGCAGGUACUCUGGGAAGCUACGUAUCGCGGAAUCUCAUGGGCUGGGGAGUACGAAAGAUCACUUUCGUGGACUACGGCCGAGUCUCCUACUCGAAUCCCGUGCGCCAGCCUCUCUUCAACUUUGCAGAUUGCUUAGAAGGCGGCAAGUCCAAGGCAAUCCGUGCAGCCGAGGCUUUGAAAGAGAUUUAUCCUGGAGUUGAAAGCGAGGGGCAUGCAUUGUCCGUUCCGAUGCUCGGCCAUUCAUUUACAGACGAGUCGAAGACCAGAAGCGACUUUGAGAAGCUGAAGAAUCUUAUCGACGAGCACGACGCCGUUUUCCUCUUGAUGGACAGCCGGGAGUCCAGAUGGCUUCCAAGUGUUAUCGGCAAGGCGGCGGGCAAGAUUGUGCUGAACGCUGCUCUGGGUUUCGAUUCUUUUGUAGUCAUGCGACACGGAGCUGAGCCAGCGAAUGUUCAAUCCGACGACAAGGAGCGUGCGACACUGGGAUGCUACUUCUGCAACGAUGUGGUUGCUCCCGCCAACUCGCAAAAGGACCAGACACUCGACCAGCAGUGCACCGUUACUAGGCCAGGUGUAGCGCCCAUCGCUUCAGCAUCGCUCGUUGAGCUGUUCGCAAGCCUGCUCCAGCAUCCUCUGAAGCAUCAUGCCGGAGCACCCAACACACAUGACGAUGAAAAGGAUCCGGUUGAUCAUGCACUUGGUCUGGUUCCUCACACCAUCCGUGGAAACGUGCACAACUUCAGCAACAAGGUGAUACGGGGCCAGUCAUACCCAAGCUGCAGUGCCUGCAGCCCUGCAAUUCUAGAUGCUUACAGGAAGGACGGCUGGGGCUUCGUCAAGAAAGCACUGGAAGACAAGGACUUUGUGGCAGAGCUUUCGGGGCUGGCAGAGGUUCAGCGUGAAGCGGAGCGGCGUAUGGCGGCAAUGGUGGAGGAAUGGGGAGAAGAGGAAGAAGGCGCCGAGGAGGGGGAUGGCGAGCUUCUUUGA